GUUCCAAGCUCGCCGCUAUCAACAGCGUUGACGUCACCCCAUGCCCCCAAAUCCCGUGCAAGUUCGAGAGAGGGAAGAAUGUGACAAUCAGUAUGAAGCUCACACCAAACAAACGUGUACGUGAAAUGGGAACUGCAGACGGAGACUGGUGACAUGAUCACGUGCUUCACAAUCCCGGUACAGAUUGUCUAAGCUUCCUCAUUGCCUUCUGAGGGACACACAUCUCUCUUUUCCCACUCUCCGGGUUCUGAUCUGUUGUCGUUAUGAUUAGGUUAGCGUAUAAUAUAGAUAUAUACAAUUCUGUAGAAGUAUUAUUGAGAAAUAGACGCCAUUGGGUCAGUGUCCUGGGUAUGUCCAGAAGGUCAAAGUUGAACUGUGUUCUGUGUAAUAGUAUUUACCAGUGACGUGUCAUACAUAUUAUGUAGUAUUUAGAACUUCUAGGGAUUGGUCCGAUGCAGAAGGGUCUAGUUAUUGUCAAUUCCGUUAUCAGAAGUGUUUGGAUAGGCCUAUUAUUAUUCUCGAAAAACAGUUUUAAAAAUCGGGAUACUUGCCACAUAACUAUUAUAACAUCGCAGUCUCGUUGGAUAGUGUCAAGAAGUUGGAAUAAAACCUCGGUGAGAUUGCCUGUCAUUACGACGUCUUGGUUGAAACCACAUCUUGCUGCGUCGUGAGACUUGUGUUUCGGAUGAAAAAAGCCAAAAUAAUAGAUUGGGCACGUGUCAUAGAAAUGAGAUUACUGAGUUUCAAGUUCCCAAGGCUUGAGAUGAUUGAGUUCAAUAACAUUGUAAUGUAUUGUUCAUUGUUCACUGUUAUCAUGUCAUUAAAAUGUUUCCUAAAGACGUCCAUAAA